AUGCCGUCAGACAACAGUUGGAAGUGCUCGAACAGAGCUCCCGAUGCUGUCAAAGCACAAAGAGUCCGCAAGGGGACUUAUCGAGCGUGUCGAUGUGGCCGAGAGACAGAAACCAGAACGCUUGGGGGAGCCGUGAUGGCGCCACCCCCAAGACCAGACGCAUGGCUCUGCAUGGGGUGCGAAGGGUAUGUCGUGCGAAACACCGUGCCUGCCAUGGGUUGGCAUCCCAAUCCUCGAGCCGCAGGAAUCAUUGGAAAUGGCCUCGCACAACCCACUUCACGACUGUUCUCAUUCCAGCAGGUUGCCAAGUUCAGGCAUAAGCCGUAUGCACUCGGACGGCCAUACUCUACUGUGAAAUAG